GUUUUCUCCAGAAAACACAGACCUCCUUACAACACUGGGGUUACUUUACUUGCAGCUUGGGGAUUACCAGAAGGCUUUUGAACACCUUGGAAAUGCACUUACUUACGACCCAGGCAACUACAAGGCUACCUUGGCAGCUGGCAGCAUGAUGCAGACCCAUGGAGAUUUUGAUGUUGCCCUCUCCAAAUACAGGGUGGUAGCCAGCACUGUGCCUGAAAGCCCUCCGCUGUGGAACAACAUUGGGAUGUGCUUCUUCGGGAAGAAGAAAUAUGUAGCAGCUAUCAGCUGCCUGAAGCGGGCAAACUACUUGUCUCCCUUUGACUGGAAGAUCUUGUACAAUUUGGGGUUAGUCCACCUCACGAUGCAGCAGUACGCAUCUGCUUUCCAUUUCCUCAGCGCUGCCAUCAACUUCCAACCCAAGAUGGGAGAGCUGUAUAUGCUCCUUGCAGUUGCUCUGACAAACCUUGAAGACAUUGAGAAUGCAAAACGUUCCUAUGAGCAAGCUGUGGCACUGGACAAGUGCAACCCCCUCGUCAACCUGAACUAUGCUGUCCUGCUGUAUAACCAGGGCGACAAGAAGGGAGCCCUCUGCCAGUACCAGGAGAUGGAGAAGAAGGUCAAUGCAGUGAAGGACAGCAGUACUCUUGACUUUGACCCUGAGAUGGUGGAGGUUGCCCAGAAGAUGGGAGCUGCCCUGCAGGUGGGGGAGAACCUGAUCUGGACUAAGCCUUCUAAAGAGUCUAAAUCCAAGCAGAGAGCUGCUCCGUCAGGGAAAUCCUCCAGCACUCAGCAGCCUUUGGGCUCUAACCAGGCCCUGGGUCAAGCCAUGUCCUCAGCUGCGGGGUAUGGGAAAACCAUGCAGCUUCCCCCAGGUGCUGGAGCAUCAGCUCCGCUUGCAAAGCCUCCCUCGCUGCCUCUGGAACCAGAACCAGGCUCAGAAAUGAGCCCCGAGGAGACCUUGGUUGAGGAACAGAGGAAAGAAAAGCACAAGAGCCGGCAGGCAGCGGACUAG